CUCUUUCUUAAACCUGGAACACUUUAAUUCUGUCCCCAAGGGCAGAGUGAUAGACUCCCAGCAAUGUAGGACUCACCCUGUGCCUCCCUGGAUCCUUACUCUGAGGGUUAUAUGAUCAGUUUCAUUGGAUCUGAAGACCUGGACUUGGACUGAGACCUCAAUUACAGUAAGCCUGUCCUGAGAGUUCUCAAACUCUACAAUUAUCAUAGACUGAAGGAAGACCCGAGGCUCUCCAGGCAUCCUCAAGGCUUUCCAGGACAGACUGAGAUUGCUGAGGUGUUUGGCACCGAGUCUUUCUAGUGCGCUGUCAUCACAGACAGUGAGUAUCAUGACAUUUCUUCAUAAUGUGGUUCUACCUGGUAACUCUUGUGGGCCUUUACCACCUUCUGCGUUGGUAUCGUGAGAGGCAGGUGGUGAGCCAUCUCCAAGACAAGUAUGUCUUCAUCACGGGCUGUGACUCUGGCUUUGGGAACCUGCUGGCCAGACAGCUGGACAGGAGAGGCAUGAGGGUAUUGGCUGCAUGUCUGACGGAGAAGGGAGCCGAGGAGCUGAGGAACAAGACAUCUGACAGGCUGGAGACAGUGAUCCUGGAUGUCACCAAGACAGAGAGUAUUGUGGCAGCCACUCAGUGGGUGAAGGAGCGUGUUGGAGACAGAGGACUCUGGGGUUUGGUUAAUAAUGCAGGUGUGUUACAACCAUUUGCCUACAUUGAAUGGUACAGACCAGAGGACUACAUGCCUAUCUUUCAAGUGAACCUCAUUGGUUUGACCCAGGUGACUAUAAGCAUGCUUUUCCUGGUAAAGAAGGCUCGGGGCAGGAUCGUCAAUGUCUCCAGUGCUUUGGGAAGAGUUGCAUUGUUUGGAGGAUUCUACAGUUGCUCCAAGUAUGGGGUUGAGGCAUUUUCAGAUGUGCUAAGGCAUGAGGUUCAAGAUUUCGGGGUGAAAGUCAGCAUAAUUGAACCUGGGAGCUUCAAGACGGAAAUGACAGAUGCAGAGUUAACCAUUGAGAGAACUAAGAAAGUCUGGGAAGCUGCCCCUGAGCACAUCAAGGAAUCCUACGGACAGCAGUUUUUUGACGACUUUUGCAGCACCACCAAACGAGAGUUGAUGAAGUGUAGCAGGAACCUGAGCCUAGUCACGGACUGCAUGGAGCACGCCCUGACCUCCACGCAUCCUCGCACCCGGUACUCGGCUGGCUGGGAUGCCAAGUUUUUCUUCAUCCCUCUAUCUUAUUUGCCUGCGUCACUGGUAGACUACUUAUUGGCCAUAUCUAGGGGCAAGCCAGCUCAAGCAGCCUGAAGGAUCCCGGAUUGGUGGCUGUUGGAAUGAAGAAAUGACUCAGUUAUUCCCAACACUAGCUAUCUGCGCAGACACGCUCUCUUUCCGAAACCACUCAAGUGGCGGUCUUUUCCUUUCCCUCCACCCCCAGAGACAUCUGGUCUCACUCUAUAACCCUGGCUGGCAGCAACUCAUAGAAGUCUGCCUCUCUCUCAAUCAAGGUGUUCCCAUUCCAGGUCUAUACAAUUUAUUACUAUCUUAACCACUUUUUCCUGGGAAUAUUUCCAUAGUAUAUCAUUCUUUCUUGUCCUAUUAAACAGAGCCAUGUAAGAACAAU